UCUUCACCCAAAAAGAGCUACAACGCUCGAUGGUAUCGUCUUGUCUUCUCUUCCGUUCGCUCCCGAAUCCUCACCAUCCUCCUCCUCCUCCUUCUCCUUCCUAGGGUUUCCAUCCUCCUCCAUGCUCCUCCAUUGUCCGCCGCCAUCGCCGCCGCACCGUUUCCUCGCCGUUCACUGUUGCCAUGAGUCUACGCUGAGUUUUCCGGCGAUCUGACAUCAAGGAUGAAACGAUCGCUUCGGGUUCCCUUCAGCCUCCUCCUCCUCAUCGCCCUUGCGACGGCCGUCACUCUACUUGGUGCUGCUCGGCGUAGCAUCCCCUCUCAACCCUCUGGUAGCCCCUUUCUCUCCCCUUUGUCUGCUGUGCCGAAUGUCACCCUUGUCCGUCUUGCAUCUGCGGAUGUUGGAGUGGAGGAGCUGAGGAAGGAGGUGGAUGAGCUUAUUGAUCGCGAGUUACCAUUGCCUGGCCGUGGACGGCAACGGUCGAUCUCGCUUUACCGGAGUGGGAACCAUCUUCAGGCUCGGCCUCGGUCUAUGGUCCGGCUUCGAACAACGAAGGACUUUCGGGUGCUUCCGGAGUUCAGACGGUUGCUCCAGGGCUGGAUCCGCCGCUUGAGGUUCCAGCCUGAGGUUAUGGUGGAACUUGCUGAUUUGGUGAAGGGUUCUAUUGAUCGCCAUCUUGGCCGUGUCGAGGGGGAGCGGCGGAGGUAUGGCUCCUGCGCGGUUGUGGGGAAUAGCGGGAUCUUGUUGAAGAGUGAUCAUGGGACGCUGAUUGAUAGCCAUGACUUGGUUAUCCGGCUCAAUAAUGCUCGCAUAGAAGGAUACCAACGCAACGUCGGCUCGAAGACCGGCCUCUCCUUUGUCAACAGUAACAUCCUUCACCUCUGUGCUCGCAGGGUAGGCUGUUUCUGCCACCCUUACGGUGAUACGGUCCCAAUUAUCAUGUAUAUUUGUCAGCCAGCACAUUUGCUCGACUACACAGUCUGUAACUCUUCUCACAAGGCUCCUUUGCUUAUCACCGAUCCCCGGUUUGAUUUACUAUGUGGCAGGAUUGUGAAGUACUAUUCACUGAAACUAUUUGUAGAGGAGACAGGAAAGGCACCAGAAGAAUGGGCAAAAACACAUGAUCAGAAAUUAUUUCAUUAUUCAUCGGGGAUGCAAGCGAUAAUGCUUGCUGUGGGGGUUUGCGACCAGGUUAGUGUUUUUGGAUUUGGGAAGGCAACAGAUGCGAAGCAUCAUUACCAUACCAAUCAGAAAGCAGAACUGGAUUUGCAUGAUUACAAAGCUGAGUAUGUGUUGUAUCAGGAUCUUGUUGAGAGGCCACAGGUAAUACCGUUCCUUAAAGACUCUGGUUUUAAGGUUCCACCAGUUGUCUUCUACCAUUGAGGUCUCUCCAUGCCAUAUUGUAACUGUAAUUUUCCUCUAAGAGGAUGACUAGGAGUGCCACUAUAGAUGGAAGACAAAAUUCUUCUCUAUAUCAUUUUCCAUGCUAAGCUUUGGAAGCAAUUGCCAUUGUAAACUUGGAUUAGAGAGACAUGUUUUUGGUAUUUUGCUCACAUUCUUUGAUGAAUUAGAUAGAUUAAAAGUAGUGUUUUCUUGUUUUAGUUCUUUCUUUCUUUCUUUCUUUUUUAUGUUGUUGUCUGGUUUGUCAUCAUGAUAUUGACAGCACCACCUUGUAGUUUGAGUGUCAGUAUUCAACUCAUUGUUGUAAUAGCCAUUAGUUCAGAAAACCACUGUGUAUUUACACUUAACAGAUUGAAACACCUUCUGGAAUCGAUUUGUUUUUUCCGAUCAGCAAAUACUAUUUUGUUGGAAGGUUUCUGAACUUGCAUGGGUUUUUGUAAGCAAACAAAACAAUAACUCAUGGUUGUAUUAUUAUGGAAUGCCUGUGUUAUUUUCUAGUUUUUUUUUCUUAUGCCAUAGUAUAUGGACAUUAGUGUUUAUGGUAACUCUUCUGCUAAGGAUUAUAAAUAUCUGAUUUCCCUUCUGUAAAAGAUACUAAAAUGCUUGUAGAAGAUCCAUAUGAGUGUAUCUAUCAUUAAGGUUAUCAUUGGUUAAUUGAUAUUGAUUGACUAUCUUUGUGUAUUCUGAUAAGUUUUAUGAGUUGAGUGCUACUGCUCAUCAGUGCUGAUGUUUCUGUUGCUUAGGCAAUACAUCAUUGUCUUCAUUAUCAAAUGGAUUGCUACUUGUUUUAGUACUAGGAAAGCUUAUGUUUCUUGCUUUUUUCAUUUGAUGUAUGUCUUCAUUUUACUGGAACAGAACUGUUUAUAUUUUUCUUAUUUUGCAGCAAAAACACCUUCUCUUUUUCUCUGCAGCAUUUACUUCUCUGUCAGCACUGAAAGAGCUCCAGUACUGUUGUAGAUAUGAUGCACAUGCAGACAAGCUAUUCAUUUAUCCUUUUACUUAUUCAUUACCAUACUUAAUACUGCAGCUUCUUUUAGUUUUGCUAUUAAUUCUGAGACUGAGAGUCCAUUUUUUCAAUUUGUAUUCAAUAAUUGAUUAUUUCA